AUGGACUUGCAUAAAUUUUAGCAUUAUAUUUUGGAACUUGAUUUCAAUAAAAUACUAGAAUCAUCAAAGCUUAAUCAACUGGAAGUGCCAUAAGAUGAAUAAAUCGAGUCUGAUUAUUUGUGUAAAAUACCUAUAUCAUUUGGCGAUGAAAAUGAAUAUUAAAAGAUUUGGAAACCCCUUUUCUAUGAAGAAGUAAAAGCCAAUAUCGUUAAAUCAUUCCAAACAGAAGUAUAUGAUAAUCAUGAUUUUUUAGACAUACCCUGAUGUAGAAUAUAAGUUUGAUAAGCAUAAAAAAGAUGAGUUCACAAAAUUAGAUUUCCAACUCAUUGGAUAAAAAGAUCAAUUAAAUUUUAGAGAUCUCGUCUUAAUAUCAUGCAGCCCUUAUAAAUAGGGUGAUCAAUGUUUAUUGGGACUUAUAGAAAAUAAUUAAGAUAUUAUUAGGGUAAAUGUUUAGAAUAAUUUUGAACCAAUUAGAGCCCUAUUUGAAUAAAACAUGAUAAUAAAUUAACAAAACCCUGCCCAAAAGUCUCUGAAAAACUUUUUUAUAAGAAAGGUGACAGGUUUAUCAACAUUAGAAAGGGAAUUUAGAGCACUUCAUAAAUUUGGGGAAUUGAUGCUUAAAUCAAUACUUUUGUCAUUAGAAGCUUAACCAAAAGUCAACUCUUAUUUCACAAUCCCAUAUAAACUUGACUAAAAAUUGCACUCUAUUUAUAAUUCGAGUUAAUAUGAGGCAAUAUAGUAAACAUUAAAAACUCAUGGAAUCACUUUAAUCUAAGGACCUCCAGGGACAGGUAAGACUAAAACUGUUCUUGGCACUCUCAGUGUGUUAUUGCAAUCUAAAUAAGAAAGACCCGAGUUAAAUUUAGUAUAAAAAACAAGCUUGGAAAUAGAAUAGGAAUUUAAUCAAGAAUAUCCACAGCCUUGGAAAUCUGCAAAUUUUGAUGAUUGGAGAGAUCAUAUCUUUGAUGAUGUGGAAUAGGAUAUUUCAAAUUAUUUUACUAAUAGACUUUCAGAUUUCUAGAAAGAAAAACCAACACCAAUCUACAAAAGUGAUUAUUCUUAAGCUAAAAUUCCUAAUAAGAUUUUGGUAUGCGGUCCUUCCAAUGCCUCUGUAGAUGAAAUAAUUAGGAAAGUACUUGAAGAAGGACUUUUGGAUGAGACUGGUCAGAGAGCUGAUGUACCUAUAGUAAGAAUAGGUGAAAAUUUUGACCCGACCUUAUCGAGGGUUUCAUUAGAAUGUUUGGUAUAAUAAAGAGUGUAUGAAUAAUAAAAUUAAGAUACUGAUAAAGUGAAAAAAGAAAUUCUAAAUUAAGCUAAAGUAAUAUUUGGAACUCUGUCAUCAAGUGGUUCUAAUGUGCUUGCAUUGUCUGAACUGAAAUUUGACACAGUCAUCAUUGAUGAAGCAGCUUAAGCAGUAGAAAUCUCAACUUUGAUCCCUUUGCAAUAUGGAUGCAGAAGAUUAAUUUUAAUAGGUGAUCCUAAUUAAUUACCUGCCACUAUAUUUAGUUCCAUUUGUGGAAAAUACAAAUACGAUUAAAGUUUAUUUGAAAGACUAUAAAAACAAGGAGCAAGUGUUCAUUUACUAAAAGUAUGUUUUAAUCUUUAUAAUAGACUUAAUAUCGUAUGCAUGCUAAAAUCUCUAAAUUCAUUUCAACAACAUUUUACGGCAGUGAAUUAAAUGAUUAUGAACAUUUGGAAAGAUUGAUAGGAACACCAAAAUUCUAUGAUUAUUAUACAUAUAGUCCUGUUGUCGUAUUACAUGUUAAAGGUUAUGAGAGUUUUACUAGAAAUUCCUAUUGCAAUGAGAUGGAAGCUAAAGUAGUCACAGAGCUCUAUAAAGAUAUGAAAAAUAAAUUCCCUACUUUUAAUAUGAAUAAUUUAGGUAUUGUAAGUCCAUACAGUCAGUAAGUAUGGUUGAUUUCAAAAUAACUAAAAAAAAUGAAUGAAGAAAACGUUGAAGUCAAAACAGUUGAUGGUUUCUAAGGAAGAGAAAAAGAUGUUAUCAUAUUUUCAAGUGUUAGAUCAAAGUUUAUUAGUGAAAAUCAAAAAAACCCAAAAAAGGGAGUGGGAUUUCUAAGUGAUGCGAGAAGAAUGAAUGUGAGUUUAUCGAGAUGCAGAUAAACCUUAAUAGUUGUAUGUGAUAUCUAUAAAAUAUCAUGCAAUGAAAGAUGGAGAAGUCUAAUCAACUAUAGCAUUUAAUUAGGCUCAUGCUACAGAGUAGGAACAGAGGAUAUAUCUGAAUGGUUUUAGUCAUUCGACUAAGAUCCUCUUAAAUAUUCUAUCGUUAACGAAAUCACUUUUAAGAAAAAGGAAAAGCCUGAAUAGGUGAAAAAAUGA